AUGACACCUGGAAAGCUCUGUGGAAGUGUGGUCUGUCCAAUCUUUGAUAAGGUGCAGCCUGCCAUUCUCGAGGCAGUUGGAGGCGAGGCAUACUCAACAUCAACAACCAAGGAACUCUGCCGAUGCGUAUUUUUCCUCAGCUCGGAUUUCUCACAUGACUGGGAGCAGAAGUUUGUUGAUCAGGCUCGCAUUUACUAUAAGAAUGGGUAUAUGAAAGAUCUUGAUGAUCGGUUUGGCGACUUGUAUGGCACUGUUGCAGAUAGAGAGGUUGAGAUAAUGCAUGACCUGGAGGUCCAGAUCCUUUACCAUCGCACCGCCCUCGAGCAGGCAUCCGAGCCAUUGAUAUCCAAGGAGGUCGUCAUCCGCUCCUCGAGCUAA